AUGAACAUCAAUCAGCCUUCGGAGAAGUACAUUGUAUUUCCCGGGAGGAGGAAGAAGAGUGCCGGCCCCAAUGGUGAUGUAGAGAACCAAGCCCCCCAACGACGGGAUCGAAGGCUUCGCGGCAUAAGCUGGAUGCCGAACAGCGUCAGGAACCACUUCAUCGCCAUGCUGGGAGAGUUCGUUGGAACUUUCAUGUUUCUCUUCUUUGCCUUUUCGGCAACGCAAAUAGCGAAUAAUUCUGCCUCCAGCAGCUCUACUACUGGCAUUCCCAACACCUCCGACCUCCUCUACGUCGCAUUGGGCUUCGGCUUCUCCCUCGCCGUCAAUGUCUGGGCCUUCUUCCGUAUUAGCGGAGGGCUCUUUAAUCCCGCAGUCACGCUGGGAAUGUGCCUCAUCGGCGCCGUCGGCUGGUUUCGAGGCGGCCUCAUCUUCGUAACCCAGCUGGUCGCGGGUAUCGCGUCUGCCGGUAUCGUAUCGUGUCUCUUCCCCGGCACCCUCAGCGUGCGCACACAAUUGAGGGGCACGUCGGUCGUGCGGGGUCUCUUCAUCGAGAUGUUCCUCACGGCCAUGCUGGUCUUCACUGUCUUCAUGCUCGCGGCAGAGAAGCACAAGGGCACUUUCCUCGCGCCCAUUGGCAUCGGUUUGGCCAUGUUCAUCGCUGAACUAUCAGGCGUCUACUUCACCGGCGGCAGCCUGAACCCGGCGCGCUCCUUCGGCCCGGACGUCAUCAUGCACACGUUCGACGGCUACCACUGGAUCUACUGGGUCGGGCCGGCCCUCGGCUCGCUCCUCGCCGUCGUCCUGUACCGGCUGAUCAAAACGCUCGAGUACGAGACGGCCAACCCGGGCCAGGACUUCGACGAGAACGAGACCGAAGCCUUCCACCCCGGCGACGACCCCACGCCCGAAGACGUCCGGCGCCCGCAAGUCUACGGCGUAUCCUCAGCCGACGAGCCCGCCCCUGCAACAGAUCAACUCCAAGCCAUCGCCUCCCGCGACGGCGCCACAACCUCCUACUCCGCGCAUUCCCACGACCCCCUCCACAAGAACAACAGCCUCAUGGGCCCCGCCUCGUCCGCUGGCGGCACGCCCCGCGCCCCUUCAACCGGCGUUUUCGCUGCUGGUGCUGGUGCCGGCGCUGGCCUCGCUCUUGCGAAUAAGAACCACCAGCAACAGCAACAGCAGAAUCAGCAGCACUACCACCACAAGCAAGACAGCCACCAGGACCACAGCAACGCCGCCACGACCACCAACGGCGCGGCGGAGAUGCAGGAAAAGCAGUCCGCGCAGCACCACGCCCUCCGCUCCUCCAGCGCCAGCGCCGACGACGAGGCGACGAGCAGCAGCAGCGGAGGCCGUGCCGGAGCCGGAGUCGGCGGUGGUGGCGGUGGUGGUGCCGGUGGUGCUCUCGCCCUGCACCCGCCUCCGCCACCUCCCGCCAUCACGACGACGACGACGGCGUCAGCGCUGCAGUAUCCGCAGGCGCAGCCGCCGACACACUCACACUCGCAGUCGCAGUCGCAGCAGAACAACAGCAACAGCCACCAGCACCACCAGCACUCGUACUCGUACACGCAGGAGAACCAGCAGCAGCACCAGCAGCACCAGCAGACGACAUCGAAGACGUCGAAGACAACGACGGCAACGACAGACGACCCGCCGUCGCUGCCGCACCCGGUGCUGGCGAACGGGUACCACCACCACCACGCCAACGACAGCGACGGGUCGUUUCAGGAGAUCGGGCGGGGCGGCGUGAUUAGCGGGCACCGGCACUUCCCGCAUGAUCGGGCGUGGUAUCAGGGGGAGGAUGAUGAGGAUGGGGAUGGGGAGGGGUGGGAGGUGAGGAAGGAGGUGAAGGUGUGA